UAUAAGAUUCUUUUAUCCUUCAGAAAGAAUGUAUGCACUUAUGCUUUGGUAUCAGCAAGCUCAAGUUUUUCACUCAGGGAAGUCCUUAUUUUUCAGAACCCAAAUAGACCCUAUGUGAAUCUAUUUUAAUUACUCAGCUAGUAAUGGAAGAAAAAGAUUCAGCUGUGAGUAUCCAGUCCUUGCUAGCAGACAUAUCAGAGGUUACCAACUCAGUACUGCUUGUAGAGAUGGAAAGGAACAAUUUCAUUGAAAUUGGAAGUUAUCUUUACCGUACAUCAUCAGUCCUAAUGGAGCUGCAGAUCAACAAGAACACUCCAACAAAUGUUGCAGAGAUCUUACUGUCCCUAUGGAAAAGCUUUGAACUUGCUGAGCACACAAUCAAGAAACAGAGGAGAAGUUUUCAUAUGGAAGAAGAGCUUCAAGGUGUGGUAAAAGAUCUUGGGAAAGGACUAAGUUUGAUGCCAUUUUCAGCAUUCGGGGAGCGAGAUUAUGCAGGAAUCACAGCUAAGUCACUAUCCAUGGAAAUCAAGGAAUUUUCCAAGUUCCAAAGGGACCCCAAAACACUGGGUUCUGCAAAGAAUGAGCUUGAGAGAACAGAAAUGGGAAAAACAGAAACAGAUCUUUACUCUCUAGAUGCUGAUGUUUCAUUGGAGAACCUUCAGAUGCUAGAUGAUGAAACUUAUCUUUACUUCUCUGACAAAAGUUCUAUAAGUACAAACAGCACCACAGAUCAAUGGAAUGACAGAACCUGGAGAAUAAUACACCCAGGUGUGGCAUUAAAAGCAACAACUGAUGAACGGAAGGACACGAAUGAAGCAGUGAGAAUAAAGAUGGUCUGUAAGGCUCUGUUUGCAGCCAAAACUCAGGACAAUAUAUUAGAUGCAAUUGAAGAUCUGACGAUAGUUUGUCGUAGAGAGCCAUGCAUUAAGGUACAAGUUUGCAGCAUUGGAAUGAUAACACUACUUGCCAAGUUUUUGGACUACAAGAACAUAACCAUUCAAUGCGUGACACUAAAAUUGCUACGAGAGUUGGCUGAAGAGAACAAUGAUAGGAAGGACAUGAUCACAAAAGAAAUUGGCAUCGCUACUAUCAUAAGGAUGUUAUCAAGCAAUUAUUCACCGGUCAAGCAUGCUUCAGCUGCACUUCUUCUCGUGCUUUCAGAAUGCAAAUAUUUUUGUGAUAUAAAUGAGGAAGUUUCUGGAGCUAUUUUGAUGCUUAUAACAGCCAAGAAUAAACAGGAUGAUAAAAUCACUUCAGAAGUAGCUGAUAAAGUGUUAAAGAGUUUGGAAAGGUCCUCACUCAACGUCAAGCACAUGGCAGAAACUGGACAUUGGGAACCUUUGAUGAAUUAUCUAAAUGAAGGAACAGAAGAGAUGAAAAUGGAGAUGGCAAGCUACAUCGGAGAAAUUGUU